GUGACUCUACGUCGAGGUGUUUUGACAGGUGUCAACAUUCUCAUGACCAUCCGUUGAUUAGACAAUUAAGAAGUAUUUUGGACAUGUCAUCCCCGACAAACAAGAACUCACAAAUCUAUGAGUCAUAUGGAACAAUUAGAGGAAAAAAAAGGGAUGAGUUUGGUUGUGAGUUCUGGGACUUGAUUGUGUUGACUGCCAUGGAUGAAGCACAAAAGGAGGUCUAUGACAGACAACUGGAAUACAAGACCGGGCGAGGAGAGCUGCCAUUGGACGUGCCCAUCCAUGUAGUAGCUGAUCCACCAGGACCGAAAAUAGGAAAUGGUGGAUCAACUCUUGUGAGUCUACAGUUCCUGUUGGAGAAGUAUGGUGAAGAUCUGUACAACAAGAGGGUCCUUCUCAUCCAUGCUGGGGGCCAAAGCCAGAGAAUGCCAAGUGCUAGCGUUCUAGGCAAGGUCUUUGCUCCAGUACCAAAGGGCGAGAAAUCCAUGUGUGAUAUGCUGGAUAUGAAACUAGCAAUGUUCUGCCCUCUGAUUCCUAAAAUGGGACCAGGAGUGUUUGUUACAUGCGCUGAUGAUUUUCUUGUGUACAGUCUGGGUGAUAAUCAUGAGGACAUACAGUUUGCCCCUGAAGGCUUCACAGCACUUGCUCACCCUUCUUCUCUAGACGUAGGCACUGGACAUGGAGUGUAUGUCAUCAAAGAUAUUGAGAAAGUUGACCCUAAUAUUCCACUACAGAAUUGCUCAUGCUACCAAGUUCUUCAAAAACCAUCCAUAGAAACAAUGUAUGCAAAAGGAGCUGUUUUGGAUAAAGAGCAAAGCAAGCUUGCAGGGAACUUGGUUGUUGAUGGCAAGGCAGCAUACACUGAUAGCUCUUUUUUCUUUGCUCAUGAUGUUACAAAGAAACUACUUCAAUUUUUGGAAGCCAUUGGUCCGGUAAAAUGUGAAAUUGAUGCUUAUGGUGAUUUUCUGCAAGCGCUUGGCGAAGGAGCAACAAGAGACUACAUAGACAACACUGGAAACAUCAGCACACUUACGCAAGAUUUGAAGGCUACAAGGGAGAAAGUGUUUGACCUUCUAAGGGGUACUCCUCUCACAUUGUUGGUGAUGAACUUAUCAAAAUUUGUCCACAUUGGUACAACACAGGAGUACAUCAACUACUUCUGCUUCGAUGCAGAGUUCCAGUCUGAAAUGGGCCUUGGGAAAGAUGUUUUUAACUUGUGGACAGAAAACAUGAAGGUUCUUCCACUCAGUGGAGGUGAUUUAGGCAGCCCAACAAGGAAAAAGAUGCGUUUGUCAGACACAUCACUGGGGUGUGUGAUGCACAGUUCUCUUCCCCUAAGCUCGUACAUUCCAGAGACUGCAGUUGUUGAGUUUUGCCAUUUUGGCAUUCCAGUAAGAGUUGGUCAAAACUGUAUACUUAGCAAUCUUACCUACACCAUAAAAACUGAAAACGAUUGUGAAGAUGUAAAUGCAGUUAAUGCGGGCAACCAAGAAUGCCUAGAAUUUCCACCAAACAUAUUUAUCCACACUAUACCAGUACAGGUUGACAAUGAAACUCAGUUUGCAACAGUGUUCUUCCACAUUAAAGACAACCUGAAAAAGAUGGAGCCUGCAAAUGACAUAUCUAGACUUCAUUUUCAUGGGAAAACUGUUCAAGAGUAUGUGAAGGUUGUUAAUCUUACUGGAGAAAAAGUACAACCCAAACCUUCAGAUGCAAAGAGCAAGACAAAUCUGUGGUUUGCUUGUUUGUUCCCUGUAACUCAGUCACCGAGCCAGUCACUUCAGCUUGCAUUGACAUGUAUCAGGGCCCUGAAAACUGAUGACCCGAAACUUGUGUCCUUAGAAACUACGACAGUUGUGUCUAUGGCUGCUAUCUUGAAAUCUAAAGAUUUGAAUGCUAUGUUGAAGCAGCGUAAUAACCUGUACAAUUUAAUCAAACAAUAAUGAUAGCAAGAAAUAUUAAAGUACUAUCAGGUGUUGCAUGUCACUUCUUUGAAGAAAUGUAAUUUAUAUAUGACCCAUAUGCAAAUAAUUAUUGUGAUAGGAAAAUUGGUAUACUUUUUAUAGUAUACCUUGGGGUAGGAUUGUUAUCGGUUUCAGAGUAUAUUAAUGAUCAUAUAAGUACUUGUAGGAAGGUAUUUGCAUCACAGUCUAAUAAACCAUAUCUGUCUGUGUCACACUGUGAUAGUUUAUCAGUUAUGUUAAAGCUUCAGGAAUUUUUACUCAAACUGAAUACUUAUUUCAUGCUUAUUUUGCAACUGUAUCAUUUUCACUAGACAUUGACAUUCCGUAUUUGAUUGGUUUAUAUUGAUAUAAGACAUUGUUACAGAAUGUCUAUGUUCUUUUAAAUUUGGUUGUCAUUAAUAUUUUGGGAUUUUGGGUAGAGAGUGAUUUAAUUGGUUGGUCUGGGUAUUAAAUUAAUAUCUAGGAAUCUGUAUGGAUAUUUACAAUGUGGUGAUAUUGGCAAAUAAAUACAUAUCUAAAAUUUAUGAUAAAAGUGUAUUUGUUUUGUAAACAUUUAGAUCCGUUGUCAAGCGGCAUUCAGUCAGGUCAGCAUCAGGAUCAGCAUUAUAAUUAUGACCAACUUCUGCCACUUGCAUGAAUGUUCAUAAGGCUGUGAUGACAUGUUCAUGAGGUUGUGAUGUGAGGCUGUGAUGACAUGUUCAUGAGGCUAUGAUGACAUGUUUGUGAGGCUGUGGUGACAUGUUCAUGAGGCUGUGGUGACAUGUUCAUGAGGCUGUGGUGACAUGUUCAUGAGGCUGUGGUGACAUGAUCAUUAGGCUGUGAUGACAUGUUCAUUAGGCUGUGAUGACAUG